AUGUCAGCGUCCUUGCGCUCCUUCUUUUCAAUGCCCUCGAGCACGUCGAGCAGCACCAAAAUACCGUCUUCCUCUAUCAAUGUCUUGGACCAUGUCGCAGGCUUGCUUUGCAACAUCGAGCAUAAACUAGCCAAUAUUUCAAUGUUUGGUAACAUCUUGAUUGUAUUUAUAAAGAAUUCUGGUGUAUCUAUUGCUUUUCCUUUCUAA